AUGGAGGCGACUAACUUGGCGCUGUCUCCGCGGGAGACGCUUAAGCCCCGAUCAGAACACAAGGCCUUGGAAAUGAGUAGUAAGCCUAAUCAAGUGGGAACAGUGCUGUUAUAUGGCGUACCUAUAGUGUCACUAGUCAUCGAGGGUAUCGAACGUUUAUGCCUAGCCCAGAUAUCGAACACUUUGCUAAAACAGUUCUCUUAUAAUGAAAUUCACAAUCGUCGGGUGGCUUUAGGCAUUACGUGUGUCCAGUGCACUCCAGUGCAACUGGAAAUCCUCCGUCGGGCUGGAGCUAUGCCGGUUUCUUCGAGGCGGUGUGGUAUGAUAACUCGUCGUGAAGCGGAACGUCUUUGUAAGUCGUUUUUAGGGGACAACGCUCCACCCAGACUUCCCGACGACUUCGCAUUUGCGGUACACCAUGAAUGUGCUUGGGGAUGUAGAGGCGCGUUCUUACCAGCCAGGUAUAAUUCAUCUCGAGCGAAAUGUAUCAAAUGCGCCUACUGCGGCUUAUUUUUUUCACCGAACAAGUUCAUUUUCCACUCACAUCGUGUUGGACCAGGAGACAAGUAUGUCCAACCAGAUGCAGCUAACUUUAACUCUUGGAGACGACAUAUGAAACUUAGUGGUAGUCCUCCUGUAGAGGUUAUACAUGCUUGGGAAGAUGUUAAAGCUAUGUUCAAUGGAGGAACGAGGAAAAGAAUGCUAUCUGCUGCUAGGCCUGAAGUCGAGACUGAAGUGAAGCGAGCCGCAGCCAGUCCUCCCUCACAUACACCAGUGCCUCGACUAGCUGACUACGUGUGGGGGGCGCGACUACCGCUACCCUAUGCGUUACCGUGGCUUAAACCUACAUUGUGGUCUCCUGGUGCAUUAACAGCGUUAAGCAGCGUUGGUGCCAUCGAAGAGCCCCGCGCUUUCCGUCCGGUGCGCUCGCAUCGCUUGGAGUCGCCCCAACUAUCCCCGGUCAUUUCACCACCUCGAACUCCAAAUAGGUCACCCACCACGUCACCAAGACGGUCUCGGUCACCUCUCAGAUCUCCUGCUCGAUCCCCACUCACAUCUCCCCUACGGUCUUCCCCUGCACGCUCUACAAAGAGCGAUCGCGACAGCGACGAAAGUGUUGACAUCGAAACCACAGAAGAAGACCAUACUAAGGAUGUGAGAUGCUCCUGGCCUUGCCGUACAGCCCCAACUCCUCGUCCGGAAGACUGUUGGAGUGGUCUGGUACCAAAAGUUGAGAGGGAUGAGGACAGAGAACCGUGGCGACUACCCGAUCUACGUCCCCCACUGCACUUUAUGCAUGAUCGUGAACGAGACAGCUGCGCUGCGUGUGUUGCACCUUUACCAUUGCUACCGCCACCUGCACCCGCGCCUCAU